AUGCACACGCGACCGUGGCCACUGCUAUGGAGUCUCUGGCUGCGCGUAGUCGCGGGCGACGACGAGGAGGUCGUGGCGCAUGUCGACAUUGACGACACGACGGUCUCGACUGGCAGCAGCCACACGUGCGCGAUCCACUCGGUCUCGGCGGCCGACUUUGGUGGCAAGGUGCUGUGCUGGGGCGACGACAGCAUGGGCCAGGCGUCGCCGCCCGACUCCGAGUUCAUCCAAGUGAGCAGCGGACGCUUCCACACUUGUGGCGUCAAGCUCGACGAGACCGUCGCGUGCUGGGGCGAUCCCAACCACGCCAUGACGCCCCAAGGUCUCUUUGUGCAAGUGAGCAGCGGUGAUUUUCACACAUGCGGCAUUCUCAAGGACGGGGCGCUGUCGUGCUGGGGUGCCAAUUACGACGGUCAGCUCGACGCUCCGCCUGGCAACUAUGUCCAAGUCAGCUGCGGCCAGGGCCACUCGUGUGCACUGGCGGUCGACGGAUCUGUGGUAUGCUGGGGCGCCAACCACCGCGGCCAGAGCACAGCGCCGAACGACGUCAAGUUUGUGCAAGUGUCUUCCGCGCCGGGUGACUUUUCGUGCGGUGUCACGGUUGCAAAGGGGGUCGUGUGCUGGGGCGACAACCAUCGCAAACAGCUCGAGGCGCCAAGUGGCUCGUACUUGCUCGUCAGCACCAGUCGCCUCUCGGCAUGUGGCCUUCUGGAGGACAAGCGCGCCGUGUGCUGGGGCAUGAAAGAAGGUGUCACGGGCGUACCCGCCAACCUGCGCCUCGAUGAGCUCACCCUCGGGUGGGACCAUGGCUGUGGCAUCGCGUCCGACUCGGGCAGCGUCGUCUGCUGGGGCAACGCGGCCGACGCCCGCCUCGCCAUUCCAGCGAAAUUGACGUGA